AUGUUAUAUGAAGAGACUGUGCAUAUUCUUUCUCCUUAUCCUUUGCUCACUCUGUCCCACUAUUAUUUUUUCCUGCAGAAAUACAUAAUUGAUCUUACAUACAGCACAGCGCAGAAGUUUCUUUUGGAUGGAAAGCACGAAAAAGCAAUGCCUGCAGCCUUGCAUGCAUUGCGUUUCAGCACUGAAGUGUAUGGCUCAAGUUCUGUGCAAUUGGUGCCUGCUUAUCUCCUCUUGGCUGAGGCCUGCGUUGGUGUUGGCCAUCAUCUGCAGGCAUCUAAGUAUCUCUCCCAAGCUCAGUGGAUUGUCCUCAGAACUCCAGACUGCAGCGCUGCAGUUCAGCAUAGAUUACAUCGCAGUCUGGGGCUUCUCUGUGCUGCUGAAGGAAACCUUGAACAGGCUUUAUAUCACCUGGCAAAUGACAUUUACCUUGCUAGUUCUACAUUUGGGCUAAAAUCUAUUGAGACCUCUGUAGGGUGUUUCCACAUGGCUAAUGUUUUCUUUCGCCAAAACAAAAUGGACGUAGCAGGCUCGCUGUAUGCUGAGGUAACUGACAUCUGGCAUGCCUUUCUUAUGAAGUCAGUUCAAACACAGGAGCAAAUUCACAAGUCAAGAGCAGAAAAGUCUCCAUUCACUGAGGACAAGGAAAUCAGCGAAGACAAUAUGACUGAAGCCCAGCAAGCAGAAGCAAUUCAAGUACUGAAUGCAGUACUAGAUACCAGAGAACAGGCACUGAAGCAACAACCUGGCGAAACUGCAAAAGUUUUACAUGCUCUUGCAAUGCUUUAUUAUCUGAUUAUGGAUUUAUCAAAGGCUUAUGAAAUGGGGACAAAAGCCUUUGACCUGCUGAAACAACUGCCCCAACAAGAAUCUCUAGAAGCCAUUGGCCAUUUGUUAAAGUUGAUUACCUCCAACCCUUUCUACACAAAAUAAGGAGCUCUUUCUACCAGAGCCAGGUCCUUGGCUACAGAUCCUAGUUAUCUAACUAUGCUGCUGAAAACAAUAAAAAUACAUUACAAGGCAUAGGUCCUGUCUGCUAUUGUCAUCUUUCUAGAUGGGUCCUUUUCCAUCUCCAGGUGUUUGAAAGUUCAGCUUUGUGGUAUUAGCUUAUUUUCACAUGCUCGUCAACCUCUGUAGACUGUUAUGGAAUAACAGCAUGAGGGUGGGAAACAGAAGCACAACCAUCACAAGAUGCAUAAAUUGUUAUCUACUUGCUUAUGUAAAUAAGCACAACUGCCUUUUACAUCCUCA